UGAUGGUGGAUGCUGGUCAGGGCAUCCUCUCAUACUGGACUCACUUAACGAAGAUACCUGAAGGUUGCAUACUGUGUAUUGCAGAAAAACUUUAUUCAAUCAAGCCCUCAUCUAUACCCGAGGAACGAACAAUGUCAGUAUUCACGAGGAUGAAUACAGCGGCCAGGAACCGUCAACAUGUCCGGACACUGGUGGACAUGACUCAGAUUCGACAAUGGCAUAUGUAUGAUCCAAAGAAAAUGGUCGAAAGACGGCACCCAAACAUUUCAUUUGGCAAUCUCGACUCCAUCAUUUCAACAGGGCCCAAAGAACCAGCUGCUCAUCAAAGCCACGAGCCCACUGGCAGCUAUCUAUCUGUGGGCACAGAUGAGGAGGAAGAAAUUCUCGAAGACGAAAAGGACACAUGGCUCGAUGAGAAGCUAGCAGCCGAACCAGCGCAGGAUUCAGCCUUCGACAUCGAAGUAGAUGCAAACCUUCAUGCACCAAUUGUCACCAAAGCAUUGUCUGAUGAAUGCAAGGAAAGUCCUAUCAACGGCCUGGGUGGUGAUGCUACUGAGGAUGAUGCUGACCUAGAGGACAAGGACACUGAGUGGGGCGGAAAAUUUUGGUAG